UUUUUUUUUUGCUAGACAACUCCGCCGUGAUAACAGUUCGCGAUCAUACUAUACUCAAACGCUAUGUGUUUUACAAUAACCAAUGUGAUUCUAACGAAUAAAAUAUUGAUACGCGCACAUAAAAAGAAUAUAAUUAAAUGAAAUACGAUAGUUUUCGGACGUAAUUGAAAUCGAUUUAAAGAUUAAAGAUAUUUUUAAUUUGCUGAAGAUUGAGAGAGAAUUCUUUAUCCGUUUCCGACUUAGGCAGAGUCAGGUAUCUCCCACGCGAUCUUUUUAAAUCGCACAUAGAAAUACUCUCUGUUUAAUUUUAAAAUUCAAGCUAUUUUAUGCGAACAACGAAUACAAUAAAUACAAUUUCGCAGCUGUUACUCCAAUAAGUGCAGUUCGUAUCUUAGACUAUCUAUUUCCGGCUUACUUGACUAUUUUAUGAGUAAAUACGAAUUUUUGGAUAAUCGAAUGUGUCUGAUAAAUCAAUUUAUGAAAGAAAAAAAAACACCACUGAAUAUUCCUAUUGUGAUAUAAUUAUAAAAAUAGGACGAUUCUGUAUUUUUAUUUGAAAAUUGUAAAAAAACGUUUUAAAAUUCAACGAAUUGUGAUUAAUUACAAAAAAGCCUUUAAUAGAAUCGAAAACAUAAAAUUGUGAAUAGAAUUGUGUUAUUUUAAUUGUUAUUUGAACAUAUUUAUUGUGAAUGAUGAUGUAGGUAAUGAAUUUGUGAUUUUUUUACUUUAAAUCAAUUACAUUUGUCGGAAGACGAUUCGUAAUGAAUCUCUCUUAAUUCGAUUAUAGUUUUUAAUGUAAACGAAAAUAUUUUUAUUUCGUUUGCAUCCGUGUAAAUACAAAUACAGAUAAAGUAGGUACCUACUACGGAACACCUAAGAAGUUUCAGUGAAAUUCUGAAUUGAUACGUGACUAUGGGUGAAUUUCAAAUGUGAUCGCGUACAAUGGGAUGUGAUUAGAGUAAGCUCGGAGUGAGAAUGGAGUCGAGGUGCCGCGUUUUGGAGGCGGAGUGCCAGUCACAGCACGGCGGAGCCCUGGCCGCCCUCAGCCUGCUUCGGACCUACGAUCGUUUCCUGAUACCGCCCGACGUCCACGCGGUGGUGGGACCGCUGUUGGCGGCGAUACCACCAGCGGCUCGCUGCUUGCCGUCCUACUGUCACCAUCUACCACUCGCGCCUGCCACUGCGGUACUGCCUCCCGCGACCGAGUCAGAGGUCCGACGCCGCGGCGAGAAGCGACCCAUCCCGCCGGAGCUGAAGGACGACAAGUACUUCGAGCGGCGGCGCCGGAACAACCAAGCCGCCAAGAAGUCGAGGGACGCGCGGAGGAUACGAGAGGACCAGGUAUCGACCGCAGCGAGGAUCGCGUGGCGCGCCUGCCUCCUGGAGCAGGAGAACGCCUCCCUGCGCGCGGAGCUGGCGGCACUGCGGCACGAGAUGCGCGCCCUCAGGUCGCUGCUCGCAGCCCCCGCCGCCCCCGACCGCGACCAGCCCUCCUCCACCACGCGGCACUAAACGACGCGGCGGGGGAGUCAGUGCCUAUACACAACUCAUUCCGUCCACAGAGAACCCAACUUAAUUAGAAGGGAAUGCACUAUUUAAGUUACGCAUGUACUAUCUAUAAUUGUGAACGUUUGUAAAUAAAAUAAUAAA